GGAAAUAUCAGUCGACAAGAAGCUGUUAGCAUGAUCCCACCACUGCUGCUUAAUGUUCAACCUCAUCAUAAGAUCCUAGAUAUGUGUGCAGCACCUGGCUCAAAGACCACACAAUUAAUUGAAAUGCUACAUGCCGACAUGAAUGUCCCUUUUCCAGAGGGAUUUGUUAUUGCUAAUGAUGUGGACAACAAGCGCUGCUAUCUGCUCGUUCAUCAGGCCAAGAGGUUAAGUAGUCCCUGCAUCAUGGUAGUAAACCACGAUGCUUCCAGCAUACCGAGACUCCAAAUAGAUGUGGACGGAAGGAAAGAGAUUCUUUUCUAUGAUCGAAUUUUAUGCGACGUUCCUUGCAGUGGAGAUGGCACUAUGAGAAAAAACAUUGAUGUUUGGAAAAAGUGGACCACCUUAAAUAGCUUGCAGCUACAUGGCUUACAGCUACGGAUUGCAACUCGAGGUGCUGAACAGCUGGCGGAAGGUGGGAGGAUGGUAUACUCCACGUGUUCACUGAACCCCAUUGAGGAUGAAGCAGUGAUAGCAUCUUUACUGGAAAAAAGUGAAG